AACUACAACAUUUUUGAGAAAGAAGUGAGAAGAGUGUCUUGAGAUUAUUACAAUGAAAGGUACAGUAGUACUUGGCUCCAUCCACAGUCUCUCUUCUGUAUCGUCUCUCUCAAGAGAAACAUUCCGCAACGCUGGUUUCUUCUGUUGGAAACAAAGCUCAUCCUCCAAGUAUAGACUCACCGCGAUCAGACUAGAAUCAUCGACUACGACUCAUGGAGGUAUUAGACGAAUAAGGAAGAAUCAAGAUGAAAAGGUGGUUGAGAGUCCGUAUGCGAAUGUGGAAGAGGAGCGGCCUGACUCGAGGAAGAGCUUGUUAGACUUUUUGGAAGAAGUAAGAGGUUUCGUCGGAGAAGAAGGUCCACCUCGUUGGUUCUCUCCGCUUGAGAGCUCCGUUCAGGCUCAAGGCUCUCCUCUGCUCCUUUUUAUACCUGGUAUGGAUGGUACUGGACUAGGGCUCAUUCGCCAACACAAGAAACUUGGGGAGCUAUUUGAUAUAUGGUGCCUUCAUAUUCCAUCCAGGGAUCGUACUUCUGCUAAAGACUUGGUGAAGCUUAUUGAGGAGACAGUUAAGUCAGAGAACUACCUUUUCCCAGACAGACCUAUAUAUUUAGUUGGAGAAUCUAUUGGAGCUUGUCUUGCGUUAGAAGUCGCAGGCAGGAAUCCUAACAUUGAUCUUGCUCUCAUCUUGGCUAAUCCAGCCACACUUGUCAACAACUUCAUGUCGCAGCCUCUAUCAGGAAUGCUUAAUGUGUUACCAGAUGAGAUCCCCACACUGUUGGAAGACAUAUUUGGUUUUAAGCAAGGUUUUCAUUACACAGGCGGUCCAUUGACUGAAACGUUAGACGCUUUUUCAAAUGAAUUUGCUGUCCAUCAAAUCGGUGGAAUGAUGCUAAGGGAUCUGUUUGCAGUUUCAGCUAAUCUCCCUAGUUUAAGUAGGAUCUUCUCGAAGGACACACUUCUUUGGAAGCUGGAAAUGCUCAAGUCUGCUGUUGCAUCUGCGAAGUCUAAUACAUACGCGGUCAGAGCUGAAUCACUGAUACUCUUGAGUGGACGUGAUCAAUGGCUUCUGAACAUGGGAGACAUCAACAGGUUGUCGCGCACAUUGCCAAACUGCAUCGUCCGUAAGUUCAACGACAGUGGACCAUUUCUUCUUUUGGAGGAUGAUGUAGAUCUUGUUACUAUCCUCAAGUGUACAUGUUUCUAUCGCCGUGGGAGGUCACAUGAUUACAUUUCAGAUUAUAUUAUGCCUACGCCAUACGAGUUAAGAAAACAACUAGAGGAACACAGAUUACUAAUAUAUGCUACUUCCCCUGUAAUGCUGUCAACUCUAGAGAACGGUAAGAUUGUAAGGAGCCUAGAAGGGCUACCUACAGAGGGACCUGUUCUGUACGUUGGGUAUCACAUGGUAUUGGGAUUUGAGUUACCUCCAAUGAUAGCUCAACUCAUGAAAGAGAGGAACAUUCACUUGCGUGGGUUGACACAUCCGAUUAUUUUUAUGAACAAGUCGAUAGUACACGACAUAAUCGACCCUCAGACAUUUGACAAAUAUAAGAUAACGGGUGGAGUUCCUGUCUCCCAUGCCAAUAUAUACAAGUUACUGAGUUCAAAGUCUCAUGUGCUUUUGUAUCCUGGAGGCGUCCGUGAAGCUCUCCAUAGAAAGGGUGAAGAGUACAAGUUGUUCUGGCCAGAGCAACCUGAGUUUGUGAGAGUUGCAUCUAAAUUUGGAGCGAAAAUAGUCCCCUUUGGUGUUGUUGGAGAAGACGACAUCUGCAAGAUUGUUCUGGAUUCCAAUGAUCAAAGGAACAUCCCUAUCUUGAAAUAUUUAAUGGAAAGGGCAACAAAGGAAGCUGGCAACUUAAGGAAAGGCCACGAGAGCGAAUUGGGAAACCAAGAUUUCCAUUUACCAGGGCUUGUACCUAAGAUUCCAGGGAGAUUCUAUUAUUACUUUGGAAAACCAAUAGACACCGCAGGUAAGGAACAAGAGCUAAGAGACAAAGAAAAGGCCCAAGAGCUUUACUUGCAAGUCAAGUCUCAGGUAGAACAAUGCAUUGCUUAUUUAAAAGUGAAAAGAGAGAGUGAUCCCUACAGAAACUUGCUGCCAAGGAUGUUGUAUCAGGCUUCACAUGGUUUCUCUUCUGAUAUUCCAACCUUUGAUCUCUGAAAUUACAAUCUCUUUGAUCAUUUACACAACUUUAUAUGUUAUUUUUAAAAUCACCAACUAUUUUUUUUAAUGUAGCAUAGAUAAAUAAUAGCAGCAAAAUAAAACUUUUUGUGUUAAAUGAUAGUCCUUAUAAUGA